AUGCUGGCGAGCAAGCCGACGCUGCUCCUCGAUUUGCGCCUCACCAACGCGUCGGACGACCAUCAGCCGACCCGCUGUCACAACUCCUUGUGGCACGACGCCAUGUCGAAUUCAUUGGGCGACGCGACGCGGAGAGGCGACUCACUACGCGCGGACGCAAGCGUGGGCGCCGCGGAGAAAUUUGCCGCACCGCACGGCCCGGGGGUGACGUUUGAGUCGACUUCGACGAGAGGACUCGGCGCCCGGGAAAGCCGGGCGUGGCUGGAGAUCGAGGAGGAAUGGAACGAGGAAGACGAAGACGAGGAGGGCGAGGAGGCGGCGAUGCUGGACGUCGACGCGUUCCUCGGGCGGCGGUUGACGCGCGAGCCGAGUUUUAGCAUCGAGGACGCGGCGCUGUACGGCCUGCCGGAGGAAGUGGCGACUCCGCGCCCCGCGUCAGCGCGAUUCACGGCGAGCGACAGUGAAGCAGCGGCGCUGCGACUCGCAGUAAUGGAAGCGGAGGUCAACAUAGUCAUGGAGACGAACCGCCUCGUGUCCGCCAUUAAAUGCCAGCUCACCUCCCCCUGCUCCACCAUCCCGCCCCGCUCUCCCUCCGCCGCGGGCACCACCUCCCCCUCUCCCCCCCGCACCUCCUGGGACUUCCGCUCCUUCUCCUCCCCCGCAACCACCCCCUCCCCCGCCUCUGCUUCCGCCCACUCCGCUCUCUCCCCCUGGCGCAGAAAAACCCCCGCAGUGUCCCCCACAGCUGGGUGGGCCUCGCAGGUUCCAGAGGAAGAGCCGGUGUUUGGUUCCCCCAUGGCUGAUCGGCCCAUCUCUCGCUCCCUCACCUCCUCCUCGCUGCUUCCCCGCCCGCGCUCGUCGCACAUCACCCGCUCCCGCACUGCCUCGUGCGACCGCCUGCCUGCGAGCUUCGUGCCUCGCAGUGAAUCUAAUGGCUCGACGGGUUCCAGUGCUGAUCGAUCACCGUUUGGUGGUGUGGCUGGUGGUGGUUGCGAGCGCAGCGUGUCGCAAACACGCCUGCCGUCAUUUUCGAAUGGGACAGGAGGAGCUCCUGUGAGGAAGAUGCUGGGGGCGCUGAGGCGGCAAAUGAGCUUGCCCACGGGGCGGCUGCACAAGGAGCUGGCGGAGUGGCAGCGCAACCCCCCGCACGGAUUCGUGUACCACCCCAGUGACAACCUGCAGAGAUGGAGCAUAGACGUGCACGGGGCAGCGGGCACGCUGUAUGCAGGGGAGGUGUUUCAGCUGCAGGUCGACUUCCCCUCCAACUACCCCCUCGAGGCCCCUCAGGUCAUAUUCUCGCGCAACCCACCAGUGCACCCACACAUCUACAGCAACGGUCACAUAUGCCUUGACAUUCUGUACGACUCGUGGUCGCCCGCCAUGACAGUGAGCGCCGUGUGCCUCUCCAUCCUCUCCAUGCUCUCCAGCUGCAAGGAGAAGGUGAGGCCGGCAGACAACGACCGGUAUGUGCAGCGCAGCGGCCAGUCCCCCAAGAACACACGCUGGUGGUUCCACGACGACCAGGUGUAG